AUGACCAAAAACUUCGCCAGCAAUUCCGUGCUGAGGAGGGCGUCUCAGUUUGAGAGCGGCUCUUCGGCUGAUCAGCAGCAGCAGCAACAAGCCCAGUCUUCAGGCAGAAACAUAGCAGAAAGCACCCAGCAAUCAUCAGUGAGCAUCAAGAGGCCCUCGCUGUCGAGGAGGAGCAUCACCAAGCCCAAGGAUGAAGUGGACGACAACGUUGACCACGUUACUGAGGACCAAAAGGCGAUCAAAACAACGUCAACUUCUUCUAACGAUCACCAGCAACAGCCACAACAAAACAGCGUCUUCCUCAGCAGCGCCUACGCCCGCUUUGAGCGCGAGUNUACUGAGGACCAAAAGGCGAUCAAAACAACGUCAACUUCUUCUAACGAUCACCAGCAACAGCCACAACAAAACAGCGUCUUCCUCAGCAGCGCCUACGCCCGCUUUGAGCGCGAGUACGCCCGCCUCUACCCUGAUUCGCCGGCGCCGCCCUUCACCGAGCCGGCCAACACUGAGGAGGCGGCGGAGGCGCUUCGCCGACAGCAGGCCCGAGCCGCGGAGCUCAGUCUGGAGCUGAGCAAGGCCAAGUUUGCCGUAAACUUCCUGAAGGGCAUCACCUCCAGCUCCAGCUCCGCGAACGCCGACAGAAGGGAUUCCACAGCGACCGAUAAAGGUUCAUUGAACAACAGUGCUGGAGGCAGCAGUGCUGGUGGUGCUGUCGGUGCCAGUAGUGCGUCCCUGGUGCACUUCGACGAGGCGAGCACCACGACCAACGUCACCACCAAUGGCAACAGCAGCAGCUGUACGGCGGCUGAAGCAUCCUCGAGCAGCACUACCAAUGAGCAAUACGUGACUGUGAUAACGCUGAAUGACAGCACCUACGGCGAGAUUCAGCGACAGCAGCCAAAGACUGUCGUACAGCAGCAGCAGCAGCAACAGGAGCCUAGUGAGGACCAAGUGGAGGAGGAAGGAGAGGUGAUGGAGUCUUCUGCCCCGACCACAGAGACCAAAGCUGAGCCCAUCUACCUGAACACUCUCGAGUCGCAGAAGAGUGCCAUUGCAGCAGCAGGUGAUAAAG